GGAGGCUCGUGGAUGUGGACCGGAGCUCGUGCCGCUGUGCUGAGCUGCGUGAAAAUACGGUAAACCUGUCGCUAGCUUCAAGCUACGCGAGGUUUAGCAGGUCGUACGCGACAGAAUAUAGAUUUAAACGAGUAUCGAGAGGACCCAAAACUUGAACGACAUUGUAUAAGCUCGAGUGUGUAAAAAUACGAAAGGUUCAUAGUUUGGACGCAGGCUAAGUGAGCCGUCGGCAAGACCCCACCACCCCAAAGAUUGAAACGGAGAUUAAAACCAUCAUCUAAUCUAUUAAAGAGGAUAACCAAUGUCACACACACCAAUCCUCUAAAGCAGCGACGCCAAUGAUCUGACAGGUGGAGUUUAUUUCCAUUCUCUCCAGCACACCCACUGGAAGGCCCCAACAUUGGCUGAGUGCGUGGAUACUCUGUGUUUGAGUGUGCGUAUGGUCAGCUGAAAGACGAGAUAACUCCACAUUGUCAGAGAAGAAAGUGCAAGCAUGUCUCAAGGCACUCCCUUGAGGCCGCGUCCCCCUGAGAUCCUUAUGUAAUGCCUCCUCAUCUGCUAAUAGACGGCAGCUGGGCCUGAUACACUCACACGUACACAUUUAAGGAAGUCUCUGAAGUGUCCCAAGGAAGAAGUUGAACUCUUGUCCAUUGUUUUCUCUUUGACCUCAUCCUCCCUCAAUCUUCACAUUCUCACCUGUGAAUCCCAGGAUUCCUCUGAGCUCCAAAGUCUUCUUUUCGGAAUCGCUCCACUGACCUGGAUCGGUUCCCAGGCGUUUUGAGGUGUGUGCAAGCUUAGCGCUGCUCUUUCACCUGUUUUUUGUCUCUGUGCAAGCUCCAUCAAGAGAGGUGUUUUAGCUGGAGCAUUCCUCUCAUUUCAUGCACCUUGUCUCAAAAAGCGAAAAUUUGAUCUAAUCAGCCAUGCAGGUGUAAGCCUGUUUACUUUGGAAGAUACUGGCCUGUCCUUCGAAACUAACCUGUGGAUCAGCAAUGCUUCGACUCAGGAGAGAGACACUUGAGGUUCCAUUUUUUAAGGUGCAGUGUAGCGCACGUGUUGGUUGAAAUGAAGGAAAGACAUUUUUAUAUUUUCUGAGUGUGGAUGGUGGGGGCAAAUUGUUAAUGGUUGAUUCCUUCGUUGUCGUUGCUCCCUUCAAAACUGGACUACACCAAAACUGAGAAAAAUCCUCCUGUCCCUCUUUUUGUCUUUUGCUGUUUCAUUUUUUUUAUAUCUGUUUUGGUCUUUUUCAACUCCCAGUUCACAGCAGAAAAACUCCAGGACAUUAAUUGAUUACAGUGCUGCUUAUCAAAACAUCAAACUCAAAUAUAUAUUUAAAAUAUUAGUUAUCAUUCAAAAAAAGAAAAAAAGCUAAUUCAUACACAUUGCUCUCCUCUACCUCUUAUUUUAUACAGUAUACAGUAACCUCAUAUUUUAUACAGUAACAUAUUUUUAAAGCACCACUAAAGAACUGGUUGAACCCAAUUUUUUUUUUCACAGCAGUUCCCAUAUUCAAGUCCUUUUUUGUGGCACUUUUUAAAGUUUAUCCUAAACCUUUAGAAAUAAUUUUUUUUUAUAUAUAUAUAAUUGUUUUAAAUGACCCAAAAAUAGAUUUUGAGCAAUUUCUGUUAAAUUUUGUUAAAUGCUUUAAUAAUUUACAAGCCAGAGUGUUUUAAAUAUCAGAAACUUUUUUAAUCAUUUUCAAUUUUGAGAAUUUGUUUUUGUGUUUUUGCAACAAUGCUCAUCUUGUGGCCUUUUUGUAUAACGCUGAAAGGGCAACGACUUCUCACCUAGUCUUUCUUUGCAUUUGUGCUGUCUUGACAACACAAACACACUCACAAACGGAUCAUUUUCCGGGGCACGCUGCCAUCCUGCCCCCUGGGUGAUGCCGAGCGGCAGCAUGAGUGGGGGCGUGUCUGGACCCACUUCCUCACCCCACCCCACUGUUCCAUCCAGACCUCUCCGGCCUAGUCGCUACGUGCCAGUCUCUGCGGCAACGGCCUUCUUGGUCGGAUCAACCACCCUCUUCUUCUGCUUCACGUGCCCUUGGCUUUCAGAGCAGUUUUCCGUCACUGUGCCAAUAUACAAUGGCAUUAUGUUUCUGUUUGUUCUGGCCAACUUCUGUAUGGCCACCUUUAUGGAUCCUGGCAUCUUCCCUAGAGCUGAGGAAGAUGAGGAUAAAGAGGAUGAUUUCCGAGCUCCUCUUUACAAGACUGUGGAGAUUCGAGGCAUUCAAGUGCGGAUGAAGUGGUGCUCCACCUGCCGUUUCUACAGACCCCCGCGUUGCUCACACUGCUCCGUGUGCGACAACUGUGUGGAGGAUUUUGAUCAUCACUGUCCAUGGGUCAACAACUGUAUCGGCCGGAGGAAUUACCGUUACUUCUUCCUGUUCCUGCUCUCUUUGACGGCUCACAUAAUGGGCGUGUUUGGCUUCGGCCUGCUUUUCAUUCUCUACCACACCCAGCAGCUCGACAGCGUGCAUUCGGCUGUCACUAUGGCUGUCAUGUGUGUCGCUGGGCUUUUCUUCAUCCCAGUGGCAGGUCUCACUGGUUUCCAUGUCGUUCUGGUGGCAAGAGGCAGGACCACCAAUGAGCAGGUAACGGGGAAGUUCAGGGGAGGUGUGAACCCCUUCACAAACGGCUGCUUGAGGAACGUAUCACACGUUCUGUGCAGAUCACAGGCACCCAGGUAUCUGGGCAGAAAGAGGAAGGCUCAGACAGUGUCUGUUCAGCCUCCUUUCCUCCGACCGCAGCUUACGGAGGCUCAACUGGCAGCCAAGGUGCUCGACAAUGGGAUCCAAGGAGACCUUCACCGGUCUAAGAGCAGUUUGAUGGAGAGUCAGUCUGCUGACGCCGAGCCUCCACCUCCACCUCCACCUAAACCAGAGCUCAGAUACCCUGGGCUGUCACGAGGACCUGCCGGACACUCUGAGGAGAGUAGUCUGUUGAAUAAAGCCCCGCCCACCCCCACCAUGUUCAAGUACAGGCCCACAUACAGCAGCCCGGGCAAGAACCACACUGCCCUCACACAUGCCUAUGCCAACCAGAUGAGUCGCGGGGACAGUCUUAAAGAGUCCUCUUCCUUUCUCCUCCAGUCCAGUCAGCAGCCAGGCUAUCGCUCUGAGCCCAGUCUGGAUGGGCGCGAGGGGGGUGGAGGAGCAGAGCGAAGCGGGCCAGAGCGAACCGCUGGGGGUCCUGGAGGACCUCCAGGCUCAGGGAUCACAGGAUACUCCCUAGGAGGGCGUUCAUAUCCCUCCUUCUCUGAUCCCACAGUUCUCGCCGGAGGGGCCUCGCGGUCCUCCAGUGUUCGCUCUUCCCACAAUGCCCCGCCAUCCGAAGCCACCACCUCCACCAGCUACAAAAGCUUAGCCAAUCAGACGCCACCGCCGGCUCCUCGGAACGGCAGUCUAUCGUACAAUAGUCUGCUCACGCCGUCCGAAAGCCCAGAUUUUGAGUCGGCAGCGCCUGAGAUGUCAGCAGGCCCACUGCGCAUGCCUGUAGUGGGAUACAGUUCGCCUUUCCUGUCGGCACAGAUCGCCCAGCAGCGGGAGGCGGUGCUCCACCAGCCGUCUGCCUCCAGCGCCACCCUCCUCGCCUCCCCGCAGCACGCCGGCUAUCUACGUGGCUCCACCUCCUCUCCGCCCGCUCCACCUGAACGCGAGCGGGAACGCCUGCUGCACGACUCUCAGCAUCACCACCAUCACCACCAUCAUCACCACCACCAUCACCAUCGGCCUCCCCGCUUCUCUCGACCCCCCCUGCUCUCUGACUCGGGCCCGCCUCAGCCCUCAUAUCCGUACCGCACGCGCUCCACUGACACGCCCCUGCCGCCCACCACUCACCCUCCACGCUCGCCGCACCCCCCGCCGCUGGGGAAGUCUCUGUCUUACUCUAGCGCUGCCGCUGCUGAGAUGCAGUACCGCCUGGUCCGCAAAGCCUCUGCAUCGGUCGGGGGAGGGGGCAUACAGGCGCCAAAGGACGAGAUUCAGAUGAAGUCGUAUAAUCGGACAAACGGGCAGCCCAAACCAUCUUCCACCCCCUCGUCCCCCUCUCAUCCUGUCAGCGUGUCCACUCGCCCAGGUCAGGCAUAUUCCAGUGCUGGCUCUUCUCAGAGCCCCGCCCACAAGCCUGGAGGCGGGGUGAAGAAGGUGACGGGUGUCGGAGGGACCACUUACGAGAUAUCAGUGUGAGAGACACGCUGGUUUGACCCGUGUUGUCAAGAAUUGAGCCAUGGACUCAUUUUCCUCACUGACACAGCAGAGAAAAUCCUGUUUUGCGGACAUUUAUUGGUGCCUACAGGAAAGAUCUGAAAACUUCUGACCUCUGCUGUUAUUUUUUGAAAAGGAAAUAAUGCUGACCAGCAGGUUUUGGUUAGAUAUGACAUAGAGGAGGAGGAGGAGCAGGGGGUCAUUCGAGUCGUGACAGUGGGACUUCAGGACUCCUCACCAGUAAGGAGCUGGAGCGCAUAAUCAGUGUGACGGCAAAGGACCGGAUUGCCUUGAAAACAUUUCAGUACAUAACAACAAAAAAAGAUUUUUAUCCAACAUAAAUGUGUAAAUUGUUCUGUAUAGAGAAAAAAAGAUCAGUUUGUUUUUUUGUUUGUUUUUUUUAAUCACCGAGUGGAAGUAGAUUUUUACAAAAGGGGACCUGUGGCAUUCAGCAGCCAUUUCAGACCACUGUGUUUGGCAUGCGACAAUGUUGCGUCUGUAUCCAAUCAGCACCAGGGAAGCAAAACAGUAGAAAAGAUAAGGAAAUGGACUAAUGCGUUAUUUAAAUUACUGCAGCCUUUUCAAGUGCAAGUAGUGUUUUCUGAGCAAUGGCCUUGGAAAUUCAAGAAAGUUUUUAUUUAAUUUAUAAAGUGUUUGUUUAUAUGACUUUAUAAAUGGCUAUUGAUAAGAUCAAAAUGUUUUUUUUGUUUUUUUUUCUACAAAGGCUGAUAUUUGUUCUCUAUGGAUUUUAUCUAAUCAAAUCGAGGGAUAAAGAGCUGAUGGCCGCUCUAGCUAGAAAGAGAUCAGCUGGUAAUCAGAGGGUUAAUCGUAGCAUAAAAAUGCAUUUGAUAUGGUGGAGCCCAAUCUGUGAGGCAGAUUUCAAAUUUUAUCCUGUAUACACUGAUUUGCUGCCUCUUAGAUCUGAUUUAUUUUUUCAUUUUGUUUUUUUAUGUUAAUAUGUGAAAGCCAAAUCUCAUUGGUAAGCUUCCUGCUCACGAUGCCACAGAACGGUGGGGAACCAUAUCAGUGCCCUCUGAUUGGACCGCAGUUGAACCAAUCAGGGGAAGUUAGCUGUCAUUAUGAAUCAGUGAAAGCCUUUUAUUUUUAGUCAUUUAACCUAUUGCAUUUGAGAAGAUUGUGACAUUGUGCAGGACUCAUUUCAAUCAUCGUCUGUCUUGUCAAGGGUGUUGAUCAACAUUUAGAUCAGAGCUGACCAAUCAGGGGACAGAAUGUGUUUGCUGACUUGUACAAAGCCAACGAAUACACUUACAGGAAUAUUUAGGAUCAAAAGCUGGAUUGAGGGGAGGGAGGGAAAGAAAAAAUAACGUGUACUGUAUAGUUCAGUGUGAGUGAACAUGGUUGUGAAUGUGUAUGCGUGUGUGUUUGAGCAUUGGUAAUAAACUCUUUAUAAAUCAGU